CCCAAAUAUUGGUCUGUUGUUUGUUUUUCCUUCUUCCUAGGUCACCCAUACUGUGUGGGACCUCUUUUUUCACGCUCUUUCUCUUCCGGUUUCUUAAGAAAACGUAAAAUCUCUCUGUUAAACACCAGAUACCCCCACCAUUGUUGAUUUCUUACAAAGGGCUGCUUCAUUGAUUCUUAUAGAGAAACUCCAGAUAGAGGUUUUGGGUUUUCUUCGGUUUAAAGAAUUCUAGAGGUUUUUGAGGGGGUGAUUUAUUGUAAUGUCUUGACAUAUAUCUUUGGUUGCUAAUUGGACUUCCAGAGAAGGAUUGUGGUUUCUCUGCUUUGGUUCGAUAUAGCAUCAAUGUCUCAGUUGAUUGUUGACAUCCCGGUGACGCACAUAAGUCCAGUGCACUCGGUAUCUCCGGUGAUUAGAGAGACCACACAAUCGAAAGAUUGUAAUAUAAGGAGGAAUUCGGUAGGAGGAAGGUCAAGUAUUUCAAACAGCAAGGAAAGAGUUACUCCCAUUUAUCAUAGAGCUUCUACUAGUUCUUGCCAUGAUCUGUGCAAGUAUGGAAAGACACCAGAGUCCCAAACAAAGGGAAAACAGUCGAUAGUGAGAAGGUCUGCGAAAGCAGCAUUAUCUGAAGUUCAAAAGCCAGUGGCAAAACAUGAAACUUCAAUAGAAGAGAGGAAGAAGAGAUCUGUGGUAAAGCCAAAGCCUACUUCCCCUGAGGUAAAAACCAUAACUGAGGUACCAUCACCCAAUUCUAUCAAGCGUGAAUGCAAGUGCUUCACUCGAGAGGUUUCAUCACCAUUAAAGAAAAUAGAUGUUAAACCAAGAUUCUUGGUUGGUAAGGUCGCAUCACCUCCUAAGGCAGUUUCUUCGCCUAAUGCUUCAUCACCUUCUAAGAAGAUAGUUGCUCCUGAAAAACCUGCAAUUUCUUUGAAGCAGAAUGUCAUGAAAACGAGAUUAUCAUCAUCACCACUGAGUUCUCCUCAAAGUUUAAGCAGUGGAAGAAAUGCUAAGGUUGUGGGUGUCAACAACACUGUGAGAACUAAUAUAGUUGAAAAGAAGUCACUGGCGUCUCCAAGAUGUUCAUUAUCCCCCAAACCUGCUGUCCCUAGAUUUGCUACCUCAAAUACAAAUAAGUCCAAGACACCUCCAAGUUCUUUGAAGAGUCAAAGUAACGUUAGAAAUGUUGAAUUGAACGAACCGAAGACUGAGAAGUUGAGGGAGAAAACCUUGUAUGUCAUCGAGCCCAAACCAAAGAACAAAAGAUUGUCGCUGACUAUAGACGUAAGUCCCACAAGUCAAUCAUCAGAAGAAGCUUCGUCAUCUUCAACUCCGAUCGAAAAACGAACACUGCCAUCUCCAUUAUUGUCGUCAACAACCACAGAAUCCUCUCAAUCAUUGUGUACAAACGAGGAAGAACAAAAUGGGUACGAAUCUACACCUACUAAGGAAAUUGAACCUGUCUUUCAAGACAAAGAAGUUGAAAAUGGCAAAAAGAGCGAGAGAACAAAGGCUCCUAAGGUUACUUCACUUGAAAAUACAGAUUUGACUGACAAGCAAAACUUUAAGAGAGGAAAGGUGGUUAAUCUUCGAGCUGAAGAAAAUCGUGCAAGAAAACUCAAGUUCAGGCAAGGAAAAGGUUUAGGUGAUAAUGAUCAGAAGGGGAAUAAUGAAGUUGAGAAGAAAAGCUUUAGAAAGGUAAACGAAGUGGCGGUUAAUGAAGAUGAGAAUGAAGCAGAAUCAGAGAAAGUUGUUCUGAGGCACCAAGAUAAUGAAGGGAAGAAAGAGGAACAGGUUCUAAUUAAUAAUGUUAUAGAAGCGACUGCAAGUAAGCUGGUUGAGACCAGAAAGAGCAAGGUGAAAGCUUUGGUGGGUGCUUUCGAAACUGUAAUCUCUCUCCAUGAAACGAAAUCUUCUUCUGCUACUACUGAAUGAUGAGGUUCCAAAUAUAAGGUGUUCAUUUUUUUUCUUCUAUAUUAUUUUUUCUAUUUAUACAAACAGGUUUUAUAAAAGCAAAUUCAAAGAAAACCCCUCCUAGUAUGAGGUUUCAUAAGGGUGGUGCUAUUUGAAUGUAAUUUUAUUCAGACUUGUGAACUUAUAGAUUUGUACAUUAUCAGGGAUGUUUGGAAUUUAAGUUCAGGAAUGGAAAUGUUUUCAUGUUAGAAAA